AUCAUUAAUAGCAGAACGAAAGGACAAACGCUGUUUUCUGGGUUCUCUAUCUGGGGGAACUUCGUUUAGUUUGGGCACGCAUCUCCUGGCAUCCCUAUUCGUUGGCCUCUAGCAUCUUUAUAUCUGCAAGUCUUAUCCCAUCAAGACUGGCGUCAUGCCUAUGACCCAAGGGCGCCCUACGAAGCGGCAACGUAUUGCGGAUGUCAAUGACGGUGGAGGAGAACGGACAAGCAACAGCAGCAGCACCAGCCUCGACAGGUUGCCAUGUCCCGCGGUAGCCGUGCUGCUGCGCAAUGUAGACUGUCACUCGGCGGUGCUGCAGCGCCUUGCUGCCAGCCACCAGCCGCCACCGCAGCAGCAGCAGCAGGGCGGUCCCCGGCUCCUAGCUGUGGGUCCCGCUCGCCUGGGCCCCACGGCUCCGCAAGCCGGGCCGGGAGAGUCGCAACAACAGUUCCCGGCUGCGGUGCAAGCUGCUUCAGGGGCCAACGGGGCUGCUGAGGGGGACUUGGGCCGUGGAAUGUUGGCGUCUCAAGUUGAGGCUGCUUUGGCACGAGGUGGCAUCAUCAGAUGGAGGCCGGAAGAUGUCCAGGUCAUGUUGGCCCACAUUGCAACCUUGCCGCCUGGCCCGAACCUGCAGAGCGAGAAAGCUGUGAAGAAGCUGGGUUUGGCGCAUUUGCCGGACCCUGGAAACAAGCUUCGCUUGGCUGUCGCCGGAAAGGUAAUGAAAUUGCGAAACAUUUUGGCGAAUGGCGAAGACCCGCUGGAAGGCCGCUGCAGGCCCCGAGUGCCCCCCGGGACCUACAACUUCCGGGCCUGGCUGCGGCGUGCGUUCAUGGCCCUUCCCAACCAGGAGGGGACCAGUUCGGAUGCUGCAGCAAUCUUGGAGGCAGACCCGGAGAUAUCGCCCAAGCUGGACAGAAGGCCUGACCGAUACAACUCGAAGACGGCCAGAUGGCUACCCCACAUGCGACGCCAGGUGCUAGAGUACCCGGAGUUCGUUUUUACGGGUCGGAAGCGGGGUCGGAACAACAUAUACCGCUACGACACUCAGGUUGCUCAGGCGCUAGACGAGCGCCCCGCCAAGACUCGCAAGCGGGGCCUCCAGGGUGUGCCGCACCUGGGGAAGGCCAGCAACUGAUGAGCUGCAGCGCCGCAGCGGUCGCAGUGCAGCUGCGCCGAAUCUCCGGCUAGAAUGGCGGUGGUAGCGAGAAUGGCGACGCUGUGGAUGCUGCCGCAUGCAUACAUCCCAGCAGCAAACGCGGAAUUCGUAACCCUGUAGCCAUGACUUGUUCGAAGCUGUUGUACGGCUGUGCUGCAUGGACGGGAGGACCCCUGCACUUUGUCCUAGCGCUCUCUGGUCGAGGGUGAGAAUGCCGUGUGUGCCGGUGGGAGCCUCUAGGUUAAGUGAGGCCCAAUAGGACCAACGGCGAUCUGGCAGCGCGCAUUCUAGUAGUUCAGUAUGGCAGAGUGCAUCCAAGCCUAGUUAUAUAGCCCCUGUAUGUACGCGUGUGUACGGCAAUUCAUCCUCAAUGUCAUCGUUACCCCGCUCA